AUGACUACUGAGGUUAUUUCCUCUUCGCAAGUCAAAGACUUUGACUAUGUCAUUGUCGGUGGUGGCACAGCCGGUUGCGUGAUUGCCUCGCGACUUUCAGAAUACCUACCUCAUAAGAAAAUUCUUAUGAUCGAAGCUGGGCCAAGCGACUAUAAUGAUGAUCGAGUACUGAAGUUGAAAGAAUGGCUCUCCUUACUCGGAGGGGAUCUGGACUACGACUAUGGAACUACAGAGCAGCCCAAUGGAAACUCACAUAUUAGACACUCCAGAGCCAAGGUGCUUGGUGGCUGUUCAUCACACAAUACCCUCAUCUCCUUCCGACCUUUCGAAUACGAUUGCCAGGUAUGGGAAAGCUUAGGUUGCAAAGGAUGGAGUUUCAAAACAAUGAUGCGCCUGGUGGACAACCUUCGAAACUCGAUCCAGCCAGUACAUAACCGUCACCGAAACCAAAUAUGCAAAGACUGGGUCAAAUCAUCCUCUACAGCUAUGAACAUACCUGUCAUCCAUGACUUCAACCACCAGAUUCGAGAGACUGGCAGUCUAGAGGAGGGAGUUGGGUUCUUUUCCGUUUCGUACAAUCCAGAUGAUGGACGACGAAGCUCCGCGUCAGUAGCAUACAUCCAUCCAAUUCUUCGAGGGUCAGAGAACAGACCCAACCUCACGAUUCUCACCGGUGCGUGGGUCAGCAAAAUCAACAGCUCCAAUAAGAAAGCUACAGGUGUAGAUGUGACACUCAAGUCUGGCGCCAAGUUCACCCUGACCCCAAAAAUCGAGACCAUUCUUUGUGCUGGAGCAGUCGAUACCCCUCGUCUGAUGCUUUUAUCUGGAAUUGGGCCAAAGGAGCAAUUGAAUAGCCUUGACAUUCCAGUCGUUCAUGAUCUUCCAGGUGUUGGAGAAAACCUAAUUGAUCACCCAGAGUCGAUCAUCAUGUGGGAGCUCAACACUGCCGUUCCACCGCAAACCACAAUGGACUCAGAUGCCGGCAUCUUCCUCCGUCGUGAAGCUCCAGACGCGGCAACGAGCCACAGAGAUCCAGCGACUAAUCCGAAAGGGCUCGCAGACGGCAAGAUCGCAGAUAUAAUGAUGCACUGCUACCAAAUUCCUUUCUGUCUCAACACUGCUCGUCUCGGUUACGAUGUUCCUCUGAACGCUUUCUGUAUGACGCCUAACAUCCCUCGUCCUCGAUCCCGCGGAAGAAUUUACCUCACCUCAUCUGAUGCCUCCGUCAAACCCGCCCUCGACUUCCGCUAUUUCACAGACCCAGAAGGAUACGACGCUGCGACACUUGUAACAGGUAUGAAAGCAGCUCGCAAAAUCGCAUCGGAGGCACCUUUUUCCAACUGGCUGGCUCGAGAAGUAGCACCAGGCCCAAAGGUUCAAACCGAUGAGGAGCUUUCCGCAUAUGCCAGAAGCGUGGCUCACACUGUCUACCAUCCUGCCGGAACGACUAAGAUGGGAGCCGAUACCGACGAGCUCGCUGUUGUAGAUGAGAAGUUAAAGGUUAGAGGCAUGAGCAAUCUGAGGAUUGCUGAUGCGGGUGUCUUCCCCACGAUGACAAGUAUCAAUCCUAUGUUGACAGUCUUGGCUGUGGGCGAGAGAGCGGCUGAAUUGAUUGCUAUGGAAGCUGGGUGGAAAGGAAAUGCGGAGGGGAGAGCGAUGUUGUAG